GGCGGGCUGGGCGCAGGGGAGGGGUGAGAGAUGCGGAGCCCGGGGAUCCGGUCUCGUACCUUUCCCACUCGGAGGCGGUGGUGAAAUCCGUGAUCUCAAACACCUCGGACUCGGGCUGCGGGGAGAGAGCGGGAGAGGCGAUGGCUGAGACUCCAACUUACAAUUCUCCAAACAAAAUGCCCAGUGGAUAGUUGCCUUGGCAACAGCCUGUAAACUAAACAGUCUGGUUGUAGCAGUGGCUGCCUGAAGGAUUUUAUGCGAGAAGAAUUUGCUUUAAUAAUGGGAACACAGUUGGCUAUGCAAUCUGAAGCUUACCCAGAAAAUAAAAUCAAAGUACACAGAAUCACUGUGUGAAUUAGCUGCUAUCCAGUGAAGAGGGACAGCUAUGACCUAAAAAUGAUAAUUUAGCUGCUCUUCGGAUUGGUGUCUCUGUUUCAAAACUUGCUCUUUGAUACAAGCUCUAGUUUCGCCUGGCACCAGUGACAUUUCAACCUAUAAGAACAGUUCAACUUACUCCUUUACAGGACAAUAAAGUCAACGCAAAAACUGAUAGCAACAAUAUUUUGAGUAUUACAAAUUCUGUACCUAUGCCUAUAAAACCAUGUAUCAAACUUUACCAGCCUCAAUAAGCCAACCUGUAGCAAGGGCAGGCUCAAAAGUCAUCAGAACAGGCUCCUACUAGUGCUUCUGAUAGCUCUACUUCAACAGGAAACCUGGACUCAUUCAGAAUGGAUAACUAUUACAAAUGCUCUGAAGACUUGAAAGAACAAGCAAGUGAAAUAAAAUUAAAAUGCAGCGAAGCUGAUAUAGGUAUUAAAACUGAGCAGGGUGACUUUGAAAAAUAUCAGCUUUCAAUAACCUAUGAAAAUUCAGAUAUUGUGAACACAGCCAGCGUUUUUGAUGACAGUCAUGCUUACUUCAACUCAAGUGAAGUGACAAACACCAAGGAGAACUGUGAAAUAUUUGCAGUUCAGUGUCCUGCAUCAAGCAAUGCAGACACUGUAAGAGCUGGAAACUGCGAGAGAGCUUUAGCACCAAGGACUGCCAUUAGAACUUAUCUAGAGGAAGUAGAUGUUUCAGGGGUGAUACCUGCUCAUAGUUGGUGUGCAGUUGUAGACAGUGUGAACGCUGUGCUUGAAAAUCAUGGUUUAGACUCAAGCUGCAAAAAUGAAGUAGUAGAAUCAUAUCAUAUGCUAGAAGAUAAAUCUGUAGCUAAAAUCAUUCCUCGCUUUUCUGCUGGGAAAGCAGAAAACAGUGUUUAUCCAGUAGUCUUUGGAACAACUGAAAACAUAGCAAUUUCAGAAGCAACUGAAACAAAAAUCAAUAAACCGGUACCUCUUGUCCAUAUUACACUAUCUGAACAUGAGCCACGUAGGGCACUAGAGAUUGCCAAAUGUCCCACCAGAAAAAAGGAGAUCAUCCAUAGCAUGCCUCCUAAUAUGAGUCACAGCUUCAGCAUACUUGCUUACAAAGAAAAUGACAAUAAAAUAAAAACUAAUAGAAAUAGAUCUGCUUCAAAGACUAAAAUGAGUAGCAAAGUACCUCAAGAUUUCUCUGUUUCUGAUGAGCGUUCCACAAAAUGUAACACCCACAAUACCAACAUCAAGAAUCAAAUUUUCCCUUCUGUUGGACUGUCUCAUGUGGAAUCUGAGGCUUCCUCAAAGCUUCAGAAAAAAAGACCUCAGAUGAAGAAACACCAUGUUCUUCAGAGUGCUCAGAAAUCUAAAAAGCAAGCAUUUCCUUAUAUCUGCAAAAGUUCAAGCAGCUUAAAGAAACAUGUUACUCCACUUUCUGUUCCACGAACACAGUCUGCUUCAGAUUUCUUGAAUUUGAAAUAUAGUGACAUGUUCAAGGAAAUAAAUUCAAAUGACAAAGGCCCAGGGAUUUAUGAAAUGUUUGGGACUCCUGUAUACUCCCAAGUGCGUGGACUUGGUCAACAUGAAAGCAGAUUUUACAGGGAAGUUUGUUCUGCUCCACCUGGGAGAUACGCAGCUAAUAGACGUAAAUCUACCUGCACUAUUGAGAGAGACAGCAGCAAAAUAAGAAGCACCCAGAAAAGAACACGUUCUAAACCCAAGAACACAAUUGGCAUUAAACAAAAGCACAAAGACUUAACACCAGAAGAGAGAAGUUCUGAGUUAAGAGAUAGCAACACGGAGCUGGAAGAUGAUGUAAUAAUUUCUGGUCCAGAUUGGCACAUAAAAACUUCAAGGAGCAAGCCAUUGUUUAACGAAGAUGAAGGUCAGCAGUUUCUGGUUUUGAAAGAGUUUUCACAAUUCACUAAACAAAAUGAAAUCAUUCCAAAUUCAAACUUGUCAACUAUUAAAGAAGUCCCUUUGGAGCAGUCUUCAGAUAAUAGAGAUGUAGUUAACAAUCAGAUACUUGCAACCAAUGUCCACAAUUUUCAGCAGGUUGAUGAUAAACAUCAUGCAGAAUGUGUUGCUUUAGUGAGCAGUUUACUAAAGACAGAUCAGAAUAACAAGUGUGUAGUCCAAGGAAGAGUGGAUAUGGAUGACUCCAUGAAUCUGGAAGCAAACCAGACCUCCUGCAAAUCUAUAGAUAAAUAUGAAGCACUGUUUGCAUUGUCUUUUCCAGACAGAGCAGACUGUGUAUCUUCUCAAAGAAAACUAGAUCAGAGUUGGACACACAUGUCUGAAAAUUGUAAUUCAGAAAAUGCAUCAACUCAGCAUCCAACAAACCAGACUUUGAAUGCUGCAAGUCCAGCUUUUCAGACUUAUCAAAACAUUCUGGACUAUGCAGAUAAUGAAGAACUGACUGAUGAGUUGCUUUGUUGCCUGGCGGCAGAGCUGCUAGCACUCGAUGAAAAAGAUACUGCCUCUUCCAGAAUACCUACAAAGAAUACAGGUUCUAAAACACAAAAUGUAUUUGCUAAAGAAGAAAGAGGCAGUGUGAAUGAAGAUGGCAAAGUAAUAGCAAGUGCAGAGGAACAGCAGAGUUACAGUAAAGCGUUCCUGGCACCAAAGAGGGAAAGUGACUUGUUGAACUUCAAUGAAUCUACAGCAUUUCCAGAAAGCAGUCUAGGUAAUAAGGCUCCUAUCACAUGGACGAGAGGUGAAAUCCUUGGAAAGGGAGCCUAUGGCACUGUGUACUGUGGUCUGACAAGCCAGGGACAAUUAAUAGCAGUGAAACAAGUUGCUUUGGAUACCUCAGAUAAAGUCACUACAGAAAAGGAGUAUCAGAAGUUGCAAGAAGAAGUUGACCUGUUGAAAACACUAAAGCAUAUCAACAUUGUAACCUAUUUAGGAACCUGUUUAAAAGAUAACAUUGUAAGCAUUUUCAUGGAGUUUGUUCCUGGUGGCUCAAUUUCCAGUAUUAUUAAUCGUUUUGGGCCAUUGCCAGAAAUUGUCUUUUGUAAAUAUACAAAACAAAUUCUACAAGGGGUUGCAUAUUUACAUAAAAACUGUGUGGUACACAGAGAUAUCAAAGGCAAUAAUGUUAUGCUUAUGCCAAAUGGUGUAAUAAAGCUGAUUGACUUUGGAUGUGCAAAGCGUUUAGCAUGGGUAAGCCUGGGUGGCACACACAGUGAAAUGCUCAAGUCUGUGCAUGGGACUCCAUAUUGGAUGGCACCAGAAGUAAUAAAUGAAUCUGGAUAUGGAAGAAAAUCCGACAUCUGGAGCAUUGGAUGCACUGUAUUUGAGAUGGCAACGGGUAAACCACCUCUGGCUUCCAUGGAUAGGCUAGCAGCUAUGUUUUACAUUGGAGCCCAUAGAGGACUGAUGCCUUCUUUACCUGACCAUUUCUCAGGAAAAGCAGCGGACUUUGUCCAUGUGUGCUUAACCAGAAAUCAACAUGAGCGUCCGUCUGCUCUACAACUGCUGCGGCAUCCCUUCAUGAAGGGAAGACAAUGAACUUUUCAAAACUUCUGCCAAACUAAUGUAUAUUUUCGACUCAUAUCUAUUUCUACCACUAUAAGGUUAAUUUGCAUUUGAUUUGAAAAUGGGAGUGUAGUAACUUACUAAAACUCAAUCAGCCAAACAUUGGAAAGCACCUAUGAGACUGCAAUAUAAUUAUACUAGUUUGAUUUGUGAUAUGAAAUGCUUAUUAGGGCAGGGGAAUGCAGUUGCCAUUUAUCCAGUAAAGAAAGUAAUUUUUUUUUUCUUGCAAAGAUUAAGUUUUUAAGAGUUUGCAUUUUGAAGAAAAGCAAAAGCCAUGCAGUUUUGUUUUCAAAUUGAAAAGGCUUAAAAAAAAAAAGCUAUUUUAUAGUACUUAAAAAAAAGUUGAUGAACUUGGGAAUCCCAUUUUUUCUGUAAAUACAUAAGUGGUAAAAUAUCUAAUAUUAGCAGAAAGCAUCCAAGACAGUCCUGAACGCUAUUCAGCUGGUCUGGAGCUGUACCUUCCCGAACAUAAUUUGCCAGUUGAUUAAUUAAAUAUGGUUGUGGAAAUCACUUGGAGAAUCAGAACUUACUUUAUAUACAGGUCAGCAUAGAACAUGGUUACAAGUACAAAUUAAGUUUUCAGAAGAGAGAUCCCUUUAAUUUCUCUUGGAUACAGAACAGCAAGUUCCAGCACACAGACAUCAUCUAGUAGUCUUACCUCUUACUUCUAGUGGUUUAUCAAAAGUUAAUUGGCAGGAGUUAUCUGCUCUAUAUACAUACUGGUCUGUAAAGCUUCUGUAAUUAACAUUUCCUGUUUUCUCUGGGAAUAUGAAUGCUAUGAUAAUUUGCGAAGUUUCUUCCUCCUUUCGCUUGGGACUGGUAUUAAAUUCACUUUGCCAUAGUGAAGUUGUCACUUGUCUAUAUCGCCACUGAAUCUGUGCAUUUGAUGGGUAAAAUUUGAAAGGGGGCCAUUUAAAAUGUCACGAACUACAGUAUUAAAGAGAAAUCCCUGAAUGCUGUAAAGGAAGACCGUCCUUUUCCAGGGUUGAUGCACGCUCUUUGGACAGAUGCAUUGUACUUCACUGAUACUGAGCAGUAAAAACCACAGGCCAAAUGGCUAUGAAGUGCUUGACUGUUGCUUAAAGAGCUACAAAAUGCCAUUUAAAUAAUAAUCUACGGUAUUCAAUAUCUUGGUUAUGAUUUAAUGGAAGAAAUUUGAUUUGACACUUUGAAAUUUGGAUAUUCAAUAUAGAGCAUGGAUUGGUAGCUUGAAAAGCAAGGCUACAGCAUUUCUGAUUGUAUAAGAUGUGAUAUUGUGGGGACAAGGCAAAAGAGUAAAGCAGGAAUCAAAUACACACAGGAACAAAUAACUGCUUAGAGGUGAUGCUUGAGUCAAACUAUUCUGAGCUGAGAGGUAAAAUUUCUCUCUUGUACAAAUUGAAGUUUAUAGAAACCCAACCAAUGCAAUUCUCUCACUUCUCUAUUUUAUAUAUUUUAUUCUUUGGUGAGUGUAUUUCUAAACAUAACAUUGAAAAUUUAAAGUCACUUAAUCACUUUUGAGACUGUUACCUUAAGUGACUUAGGAGCCAAAGUGUCAGUUUCAAAAGGGACUUAAACACACAGGAGCCAAAAUCCCAUUGACUUUUGAUAAAUCCUAGGAGAGUUUUAGGCUCCUAAAUGCACAAGUCCGUUUUGAAAAUAGGGUUUAGGAGGAUGUCCUUUAAGCAAUUUUGAAAAUUUUACUUUUAGUAAACUAGGUGCCUGUCCUCACCAUCUCCAGGAGCAGUGUGCACUAUUGCCAAUCACCAACAUUUAAAAAUCAUGAGCUAGGCCCCCAACAAUCAUGAGUCGCAAUCAUUAAGUUAAUAAAUUUUGCCUUCUGGUUUCUAAGCCUUUAUCAUUCACUCUGAUCAUAGUGUCAGUUUUCUCUCUGCUUUAAGUGAAAACUGAGAUUCUCAUGUAAUCACUUGACUCCUAGAACUGAGGCACUAAACACCAAGUAUCUCAAGAGCUGGCAAAAUUGACAGUGCAGGACAAUUCAGAAGUAACUGACUAUAGAUUAGUUCCACCAUUCAAGCGAAGUAAAAUGCAAACUGUAAAUUAAUGAUCUGUAAAAGGAAGAGUAAUUUAGAUUUAGAAAGCACUUUCCUCAACUUUUUACUUUAGGAGCAGGAGCAUGCUUCACAACAUGGCAGGGAAGUCGAAAAGCAAAACAGGAUUUAGAAGCCUGUGGCAAAACUUUGCAGGAUCAUGACAUUGUUACUUCAUCAAUCCUGCAGUUCCCUGUUAGUGUUCCAUAGUUGCAGAAGUUAUGCAAGUUUUCAGUUUUAAUAAUCGGAAGUAUUGAAAAUGUAAAGAUUUUUCUCUCUUUUUAAAGUGUCACACAACUACUGCCAAUGAAAUUAAAGUAGUUUUUGGUGAUAUACAUUAGGUACCGUUUUGCUAGCAUACGUAAACUGAAAGUUCUCACAUGAACCAAUAUGGGCGGGAAGGUCUUGCACGAUCCUAUAUACAUCUCUGUAGGAAUUCCGUAUAAAUAAAAUCUGGUGGAAGGCAGGAAUUAGGGGUCACAGUGACUAACUGGCUUUCUGUCUCCCUUCCUCCUCCUCCCAGCCCAGGCAUGAGAUUCCAAAUUGUGUAAGCACAGAAAAUGCUAGAACCAUUCUGCUGCUCAGUGAGAAAACUGUGAUGACUGCUGCAUUGUAUUUAAGCAUAUAAAGUGCAUGCAGAAUCAACAGCUAUCCACAUCAGUUGUCUUUUCUAAUUGUAACACAGGCUAAACCCAUCUAAUAGUUCAGUUACCACAAAUUGCACCAUAAUCACCCUUGCUUUUUUGAAUUUAUUGCAGAAUUGUUUCAUAAUAUACAUUUUAAUUUUUUAAACAUCUUUAGUCCUCAUUGUAUGAUGAACAUUUGAACUAUUAACUAUAACCAGAUGGAGUGGAAUU